AUGGGUGCCAUCGAAGCACGACUUCCAUGCUGGGUUCUCACCUACUGGUAUGAAGUCAUUGCUAUUCGAGCCAACUACCUUGAACCAUGGGCCCGUGCCGAAGAAAACUUGGAGAAGAGGAAUCAGUCAUGGAAAGAUAAAGAUAAGGACGAAACUCAAACCUUGAUUGCAAAGAUUUAUCAUGCUUUCAGCUGCAUCUCAUGGUGUGGCAAUAUCAGGGGUUUUAGCAUUGAAGAACCCAUUGUCGAGUUGUCAAAAUAUGCCUCGAAUCAGUGGCUCAGCGAUGUCCACGAGAAUCAGAUGCUCGAACUGCUUAGAAGGAAAGUUCGGCUUCAACCAGGGGGUCAAGAGAUCAAGAUCGAGAACACCUACUUCUAUGGUUUCUUAGAAAAUGGAUACAAAUGCCGCGAAUCUGGAGAGUACGAGGAUAGUCGGUAUUUUGCAAGGGCACGAGGGAUAGGGCACGAGUUAGCUGCUGGGCUUGGCAGUCAAGUUGGGUUCCUGGUUAACACAAAUCAUAAUCAUUGGGUCGCUGUUGUUCUGGAUUUCAAAUCACACAUUAUCCUUAUCGGCGACUCACUGAAUCCAGAACCAUACAGAGAAUUACGCACCGUGCUGCAGUGGUGGACCUCUCAUCACUCUGGCCACCAGUUCACUGAACACACACUCAACAUCACUCGCCAACAAGAUCUCGUCUCCUGUGGUCUUCUCUCUUUCAAUGCUCUUGCACACCAUUUUCUUCCCACAACAUACUCCCUUACUUCCGCCUCGCAAGUACAAAAUGGCCGGCUACAAGUUCUGUUGAAUGUUGUUAACCAACAUCUCGACCAGGUAAGACUCCGUCACCUCAUUUAG